UUAUAUAUAAUUAAAAAUGGCGUCCAACAUGUCGGACAAAUGUGUUGUUUGUGACAAGAAAACAAUGAAAAGUGGUUAUUUUGUUUUUUUUGUUCCUUAAAAUUUUUACAUAACAGUUUAUAUUGAUCAUCGAACAAAGUAUUUUAUUAAUUUCAAAGAAGAUGUUUUAUUCGCACGAACUUCUUUCUAUGCGACAAAAGGGAAAACUUGCAAGAUGUUGGUUAGCUGCUACAGUCAAUGAUCAAAUAUUCAAACAAAUGUGUAAAUCAUCAACUGUGAAUGAAAUUAAUUUAUGUGAACUGUGCAUGGAAAUAAUAAGUACGAUUCAAAUUAAAAGUAAUGAAACAAGUAAACGAUUCAGUCUGUAUUUAUCAUCACAACUUAUGUAUGGUGCAGUAAAGAUAUUUUUACAUCAGACCACGAAUUUACAAACUCAAGUUUUACGAAUAGACAAGAAAGUAUUAUAUAACAAAAAGAAUAAAAUAUAUGAAAUUGAUACUAUUUUAAAAGAUUGUGAAUCAUGUAAUAUAACUUCUAUGAUGCAAGAUUUUAAUGAUAUUCGAUUGAAUAACACUUUACCUGUUUUAUGUGAUGAAUUUAACAUAAAUACUAAAAUGGAGGCAAUGAUGCAUGAUGCUGCAUGUUUGGACUUUGGUGCACUAACUCAUGAACAAUUGAACUUUCUCCUUCCAAAUGGUGAAGACAUUUCAUUAGAAAUAUUCGAAAGAAUGCAUAUUACCAGUUCGAAUUUGGACAGAGAAUUAAAUGAUACUUCUCCUGCGAAUAAAAAUAUUUUGCCAAGUUUAGAAGAAUCUGAUGUCAUUAUAAAUAAAAUUGAGACAGAGAUAUCAAUAGAUGAUCUACCUAAAGCAAACGAGGAACAUUUUGCAGCAUAUACAAAGACAACGUUAUCAGAUACAACUGGACAAGAAUUUAUGCCAAAAGAGAGUACUUUUAUAACACCUCGAAAGAGACAAUCUGCUGAAGGAAUACAUAUAGAAACACCUAUCAAAAAAAGACACUUAAGAUUCGAGGAUGUAGCAGUCCCAAAUACGGCAGAUAUUUCAACAGAAGUAGUUCCUAUUUCUACUGCGGAUUGUUUUGUAGAACCAUUACAGAACUUGGAAUCAGUGCAUGAAAAUUCACAAAAGAUUAAAAUAAAAUCAAAAAGAAAGAAAAUAUUCGCAGACAAAAAUAAAAAACUCAGUCAUAAAUUAAUACGAAAAUGGAUUAGUAAUGUCAAUGCUCAUACUGUUCCAUUAAGCGUUAUUAAUGUAAAUAUAUCAACGUCAGAAAUUCUUUUCCAAGUAGCGCCAGCAAGAUUUUCUUCAACUCUAAAAAACAAAUGGAAUAGUCCCUUAGUGGCACUUUUCAAUAUGCAUACUAUUGCACCAUCCAUUAAAAAGAAGAUGCAAAUGGAAUAUGGGCAAUUCCUAGAAAAAUCAACUGAACUUUUACGUUUAAUGGACAAAAGUAAUAAAACUGAAGAAUUGUUCCCUGAUUUAUCAUCGGCGAUUGGGAAAUCUGCUGAAAUAAGCAAAAAUAUAAGUUCAGAAAAAAGUGUUCUUAUCAGCAUAGACGAGCUUCCAGAAGUAAUUAAAUUUCACGACGUAGUGGGAUUAACUAUUAAUGAACAAGAAAAAAUACAAUCGCCAAAUAUUGCAGGGGAAUUAUUCAUACCGGAUGCUAGUCCGGUUUCUUCAUCACUUCCAUCUUAUUUAUUAACGAAACGAGAAUUACUUGCACUAUUGGAGAUAAUUUGGCAGAACAAUCAACUCGCAACAUUUACAGAUAUAAUUUCACCAGAUCAUUAUAGUAAAUUAGAUGCUUCUUCUUGUUUCAUAUUUCUCUUGGAAGUUCUGCGAUGGCUCCAAAACACUCGUCCGCGAUUUAGGUCGAAAUUGAGGAUGGAUGAUGCGUAGCUGGUUGAAAAUGAGGUACAUCGACAUCGAAGUUGGUUGAGAUCCUCUUCAAUGAUGCACUGACUCUAAUUCGCGAUAGUUAUUUAUUAACGGACGAUCACUGAAUUUACUUCGCGGAACUCUACUAUAUUCUAUAAAUUCAGUCUGUGCGACUCUUAAAAGAGCAAAUAACUACGCGAAUAAACACUGAUUCUAAAGACUACGUUAUACGUAGUUGAUACAAAAACAUUUGUUAUUUAAAUCGCGAAACGCGAACGAACAAACACUGCUUCUAUUUCGCGAUAUUUUUUUUUUUUUAGCGACACAAACACUCGAUUACUUCAUUGCUACGCGCGCGAUUGCAACGAUUCUGAAAAAGAAAAAUUCAAAAAAAAUAAUUACAUUUUUAAAACAAUGAAAAUAGUUAAAUAAGACUUUUAAUAAUUAGAAAUCAAUAAAAUAAUUAAAUAAGUAUUAUUGUUAUAAUAAGAAAUUAUAUAAAUUAUUCAAAAAAUGUGUCGUAUAAAAAUAUACUUACUUUAAAUCUUCGUUAAUACUUGUAAGAAAGAGAUCCUGAGAGAGCUUCGAUGUUCACUCGUCGAAAAACAAAACAAGACUGAUUUACUAAUCGUUAAAAUCGAUCGAAGGUUUAUUGUUGUGACGUCACGCGUAGCGAACGACCGCCAAUUCAAAAUUUAAAUCUAAGAGAAAAGAAAUUAAAAUUAUUUUAUAUUUAACGCGUCUUCCGAGUCGUUUAAUGUUUAAUCGAAUUUAUUAUUGUUUAAAUAUUAAUUUUUUGUACUUUGUUUACAUUAUAUAUCGUUUAAAUAAUUAUAAAAUGUUCGAAAGUUUUCAUAUUUUGAUAUUAGACUUUUAGAAAGAUCUUCGAUAUUCACUUGUCAGAGUACGAAGGAAAACUGAUUCCAUAACCAUCAAAGUCAAUUAAAGAUUUAUUUUUGUUGAUAUUAGAUAAAGACAACGACUCCGAAUUUACUAUUUAAUUGUAUUAAAAUGUUA